CACGACCGUCGUGCAAUGUCACUAGGUGGCGCUAAUGGACCUAAAAGCUAUUUCACCUUCGCCAUUGACGAACCGAAGAAGAAAAAGCCCAACAUGGCGGCUCUCGGCAACAGUCGUGGGGAUCGCCUCGGUAGCUCCAAUCAAAACAAAUCUCCCCUUGCAUCCCCGGAGAAAAUCCGAAAGCUUCUCAAUGAGGGGGUCUCUGCAGCUGGCACCGCUACCCAAUGUGGACAAAGUGAUUCAAAAGACUCUGAAGUCAGUAGCAACACUCCAUCAUUUUGUGAAGCAACCAACAAAGAGGCCUUUUUCAGUCGAGUGCAAUCAUACUCCUGUUUGAAAUGGGCUGGGAAACCCCGGGCGCUGUCUCCUCUCAUGUGUGCCCGCUACGGCUGGAUCAACGUUGCCCACGACAUGCUCAAGUGCUCCAGCUGCCAGGCCUUCCUCUGCGCAUCCCUACAACUCACGUUAGACUUUGAGAAAUAUGAAUCCCGCAUCGCAGAACUGUCCAGGCAGCUCCAGACAAAACAUGAGAAAUUUUGUCCUUGGCCUGACUUUCCUUGUCCAGAACGGUUAUGGAUUGUGACAGCAGGAGAGCCUGCAGAACUUUUGACCGCCUUUAUAGAACGUUAUCAGAGCGCUUGUAUGCUUGGACAACAGCUUCCAUCGAUGAAGCCUGAGCACCUGAAAUUAAUGUCACUGACUGAGGAUGUCAUUAGUGGCAGCCUGCAGCUCAUAGAGGAGGAACAAAAAAGAAAGGGAACUACAUCCUCGGAACCUUUUGCAGUCCAAGUGGCAGCGUGCAUCGUUUCUAUUUGUGGCUGGGCUGCACACCCAGGCGUGGACAUCACCAUGCUCCCAAUCCUCAACUGCUCCUACUGUAUGCGCAAAGUGGGCCUGUGGAAUUUCUACCAAAUGGAAGGCACGGGCGAUGACGGCGAUGCCGGGACGGACGCUACCGCCGCUCCGGCCGCCUCGACUCCCGCUCAGGAGAGCCAGGGGGAACGGUCCACCCCUCCCUUGCCCACAACUCCGUCCACUCCGAGUCGUAUGAAACUGAGAAGCCAGGACUCUUGCCGCACUGACCAGGGUGAGGGCACUUUGCGAGCUCGAAGUCGAGAUUCACCCAGUCCUGUUGAAGAGCCGCUGAAUCCCUUGAUAAAGGGCAAGAGGCCUGCUACACGGAGCCGUGGGCAAGGAGACUGUCUGUCCCAUCCUUCCAAACGCCUGUGCUCAUUAGCUGACGAGGUCAUACACAAGAAUUCGUUCGACCCGCUGGCUCAGCACAGAGACUGGUGUCCCUGGGUGGCCGUUGGAAAAGAGAAUGUGGAUCCACAGGCCAUGCCCCUUUCAGAUUCCCUGCCAGCACCUCAUCAGGAAGGCUGGAAGGCCGUCCUUGACCUUCUCCUGCCGCAAAAGAGCACAAACACAGCGGCUGGAAGUCCAGGACAGGGCCCACCUGAUCGAUCCAAAAGAGUGUUCGCUAUUUUCCGUCAGUGGCAGGUAUCUGCUCCAUCUCAGUAGGAACCAUCACUAAAACAUCUCACCACUGAACUGAUGAAAUGAGCAAUUAUAUCAUAUCCCAUCGCUCUUUGGAGGAAGACUAACGAGUCUUUACUGAAUUUUGGGAUACAAGCACGCCAUGUUUGAUAGUAAUCUGUGAAUUGUGUGUAAAAAAAUCUGUCCAUUACAGGAAAUCCCUGGCGAUGAGAAGGAGCUAGAAAGGCUCGACACUGGAUAGGCGAUGUUUACUUUCACCGUGUGUUAGAAUAUCAUUUCAAUUCAUAAAUGGGAUGACUAGGAUGAGAAAGUCACUCCUAUUGAUUGCAAUUUUGUAUGACUUGUGUGCCAUGAACAUUGAUGGAACUUAGCUGCCUUGACCUUUUAUUUGCCUUCUUGUGACACACACAUCACAUUGCUUAUCUAGUCUUCACUAUCAUGCAUGUGUCGGUUAAUAAAAUUGUCCUCUGAAA